CCAGAGGAAGGCGCAGUGAGCGUUUGUUCGGUAUUGGUGCCGCGGUGUUUGUAGUGUGACAACGGGCCCUGCGAACUACGAAACGUUAUAAAGGAGUCAGUUUUGCGAGGUGGAAUAUUAAGAAGUGCUUACGGCUCUCUCUGUAUAUUGCCAGAUGACGGUGAGAAACAUGUAAGACGUCCGACAGCCACCAAAAUCUCGGGACCAGAUACACAGACAGGCUUCGAGACAAGAGACAGUUGCCAUGGAAUGUCUGAGGAGAACCUAGUCUGUAGUCCGUCCGAGAUCUGAAACAGGAGCAGGACUACAGGAGUCUAGCGUCGAAUGAUGCUGCUGAGGUGGACGCUCGUCGUCGCGACGGCGGCGCUGCUGUGCCUGGCCCCUCCAGACGCCGUGGGCCAGUCGAACUACGCAAGCCAAGCCAAUGAUGUGGCGUAUAUCGGCGAAGGGCUGCCGGACUCGGCCACGCUGGAUGGGAAGGUCACAAAACUGGAUGACUUAUCGUCCGUCAUAUUCUUGAACAGAACGAAGGGGACUCUGAACUGCGGGGCGGGCUCCAUGCAAGUGGAGCUCAAGUUCAACGAACCCUUCUUCGGCAUCGCCUACGCAGAUUUCGACCGCAACAGCGCUUGCCAAGUUGUUGGCAAAGGGGAGAUCAGCUAUACUUUGGAGCUGCCGUUGAAGGGAUGCGGCACCAAGCAGGAUCCCCAGAGGGUCUUCACGAACAACGUAGUGGUCCGGUUCCACCCUGGACUUGAGAUGGAGGGUGAUGAGAUAAUCACCAUCGUCUGUCGCUACCCUCCCCCGGUGGCACCCCCACCACUGGCGCCCCUCCCCAUUUUGGAACCUGUGCCGCCAGUAUCUCCAGUAGAACCACCACUGAAAGGGUUCCACAUUCUGCUUAUCAUCUGUGCCAUCUUGUUCCUCUCACUGCUGCUGCUGGGUCUUGGGUGCUCAUACAUCUGCCUCAAGAAGCGGAGAUUUACAGUAGUCAGGAGGCAUCCCUUCUCUUCCGCAGGCACUGGCUCCGAGAUCACUAAACUCUCUGGUUCCAGCCUGGGUAACAUUUCUAUGUUUGAGGGGCUCAAGAUUCCUCGGGCACACGCUGCAGCCACAGCAACUGGCAGUUCCUCAGGUUCUGAGGCAGCCCUCAUUAUACCCGGUGAACAUUCAGACACCUUGCCCAGUGACUACCCAUCCGAGUCUCCCAGCUCAGCCCACUCUGAGGUGGAAGAUGUGGACACCCGCAGUUUGCGUCGGCCAAGUACUGUCAGUUCAGCAGGAUCAUAUGACAACAAGGCGUUUGUGCAUCAAGAAGCGAUGUCUAGCUUCUAUUCUGAAGAGUAUGGCCAACAUACAGAAACAGCUGUAGUAAGUGUAGUACCAAAACCUCCCAUUGCUGUUGUUGCACCUCCACCGGAACCCAAGUUUGAUGUCUCGGUCCGGGUUAAGAGAGCUCCUCCACCCCCACCAACACCUACACCAACCCCUUCUGAUUCUGAGAGCACAAUGAGCACACAGGCCAGGAAUCUCACAACCAUUUUGGAAAGGGAAGAGAUACAGCGAUCAUUGGAAGACGUUCCCAAGCCACCUGCCACAACCUUCACUUAUGUUCCGGAGUUGCACCCACCGCCUCCUCCUGCCAAGUAUGCCCAGACGCCUCCUGUUUAUUCCCGCAUCUUGCGCCGUCAACAGGAACAGCUUCAGACCCGUGAGACAGCAGAGACACUGUCACAGAGAUCCAUUCCAGAUAAUGACAACUGGUCCCAGGGAGAAGAUUUCAUUGAUGCUCCUCACAGACGCAUGUCCAUUACCUCGGCACGCUCUUUAACAAGCCUCAAUACGGAGAUGACGGACACGCGGUCAAUGUCUGAGAUAGUUGACAGCUCCCACAAACGAUAUGCUCCUGCAACUACCACCAUUGCACCACCUCCUCCACCCCCGCCACCAAUUGUACCAUCUACACAUUAUACCAGUGAGACCGAUUAUCAGGUCAACACAGCUGAGCUUCUGGAGCCACCAGUGGUUGUGUCUCGUCGGCCUGAGAUCACAUCUCAUGUUGUGGAUGACGUAUUCCUGAGGACUAUCACUGAGAAACGCACAAUUGAAGACAUUGAGCGGCAUAGAAGGCAAGUGACUGAGUACCAUGCAAGGCCUCAGCCACCAAAAUGGGAUGUAGUUAUCCGAAACUACCCAGCACCCAAUGCUCAAGAAGCUACGCAGGGCAGUGAGCCUGGUCCAGACUGGGAGAGUUUCUCUGAAUCAUCAUCCAUAUCUGGCUACCCCACAACACCCACUGUUGAGCAACAUCAUGCACAAGUGGACAUUGAACGCAGCUAUCUGAGCACCCUUGAAGUACCACCACAAGACCCGCCCAUUCCUAAUUGGGAUGUGCUGAUAAGAGUUCUAAAUCCACCACCGACAGAAGAACUUCAGCCCCAAGGAACAUCCAGUGAGGUUUUCACAGAAGAAGCUGUUCUCACGACUGAAGACCGUGCCAAGUGGCGUCAGAUCAUCACCACAGAAUCAACUCUAAGAACCCUACUCACAGAAGCCACAGUACAUGAAGACUAUGAAAGAAUCCGAAAGGAUCAACGAUACGAGAAACUUUUUGAGCCGAAGAAAUGGGAUGUAAUUAUUCGUAUUCUUUCCCCGCAUGAUAAGCCAUCUUUUGACCAGCGUGGAGGGCCCUCCAAUUCCCGCUACAGGCGUAAGAGUGACUGGGAUACAAGGAGUCGAAGAAGCUCACUCCCCACUCUGUAUGAAUAUGACUCCGAUGGUGGGUCAUCUGUGCGAACCCUUGUCCCUGAUGUUGUUCCACCCCCUGGAACUUCAGGUUCAACUGGCAUUGACCCAAUACCAAGAUCUCGCAGAACUUCGCGGUCCAGUCUUCGUUCAGAUAUGGAUGUCCGUUCCAUGACGGAAGUCAUGGUUGACUUCGCUCGUCCUGAUGCUGCAGAUACCUUGAGUGAUGCCAGUGGGCCAAGUUCAUAUUACCGUCCAGGGCCAGGAGGUCCUCGGCGAUUCUAUGAUGAUGAUGAUUUGCUGUUGAUGGGUGGAGUACAUGGAAUAGCAUCUGAAGAUGAAGAUUAUGGAGGAAGAGGAGUGGAGACUGGGAGCUUGGUUCGGUCUGUAAGUCAACCUUCUCUUGCAAGAUCUGCUUCUGAGUUUACUGAGCAUUGGGUUGCUCCUGGACGGCGACACUGGGAUGCCGGAGACUUGAGCAGCCCUGAACACUCCCCAAGAUCUGCCCGCAGCCGCACAUCCACAGCAAUGAGCAGUGUGAGCCAGCAUCAGCCAUCUAGUAUCCCGGCUCCUGGCACUCAAGUUCUGUACUCUAUGACCACUACCACAAUGAGAGAGAGCUAUCAGCAUCAGGGGUGGUUUGGGGAUGCAGACAGUGAGGCAAGCUUCAAGUGAUCUUCGUGCUGAACAGAAAGCCUUAGACACAGGAAGUAAAAAUGUGUAGUGUUAGGCUGCAAUGUCAUGGGAAGGAUCAUAAUGCAUAUUAUUCAGUUAAAUACCCACAUUCAUUAAUGGAAGACACAAAACUUGUUAGGUUUCUUUGUAAAACUCAAUAUCUUAGAACUUCUUAUAUUAAUAAUAAUGAUAGCGGGGAACAAGAUUGAUGCACUGUGUCCUUAAAUGAUCCUAUUAUACAAGCUCAUGAUGAUGAAAGAUAAACACAUACAGAUCAUUUGUUGAAUGACUAUUAAUAGGUGUAGGCCAAAGUACUUGGAGUAAAAUCUGUCUUAUUGCCACUUUGGCCACCAGAUACCAGAGUGAUUUUCUUGGAAUUGAGUGUGGGGCUUUGUAAAAUUUGUAGAUUUCGAUUAUUUAGAAGAAUAUAAUAAUGCCUUCAGCAAUGAUGAGAAGUUAGUAAAAUGAUGGACAUUAUCAAACUUGUACACUUCUUAUUAUACCUGUGUCAUAAUUGAAAUUCUACUAAUAACCGAAAGUAGAUAUAUGGUGUCCUUUCACUUUGCACCUACAAGGCUGUUGCAAUAAUUGUACAGGCCAACUUAUUCAUGUGCCAAAAGAGGUGUGAAAUCUCUUGGUGGGUUAGGGAAAUAGAGGUUAUGUUAUACAUGAAAGUGCAAUUCUUUGUCACCCACAAGGACUUGAUUGUUGAACUGAGUACUGGAAAGUUAUUUGGUGUACUGACACAUAAUUGAAUAAUUAAUGGAAAGAAGUACCGAAAAUAUUUGAUUGCAAGUGAAUUGCUUUUGCUAUUAAUAUAGGUAUGUGGGCUAACAGACUGACUAGGGCAAUAUUGUGUUGCAGUGCCUUUGCUGAUAACACGCACUCCUUUGUAUAUUUACAAUUAAAGCAAUGAAACACUAACUUUUAACAUAAAUAAUAUUUUACAUUAAUAUUAUUGUAUAGACUUUAUUUUUAUAAUUAUUUUUACCUGUUUAUUAUAUAAUACAACUAAAUGCUGUGAUAACCAUUUUUAUAAUGAACAGAGGAAGAUUUAUAUCUUCAUACUGCCAAUAAUAAAAAAUAAGAAAUCACAGAAUAUAACAAUAUUAGAUUUUAUAGACAUAAAAUGAGCAUAUUACUUUGGAUAGUAUUGUAUUUGUGCAUUUCAUACCUAUGAUUAAAAGUAUUAAUGAUA